AUGGAAUUUGAUGAAUCAGAUAUUUUUCUUAAUGAAAAUUACAUCAUUGAAAGUAAUAUUUCAGAAAUUAUUUAUAUUGAUAUAUUAGAUAAUAGUUCAAAACAAAAAGAAAAUAUUACUGAAGAUGAUGAGAUAUUUAAAAAUCUUUCUCUUGAAGAAAAUUUUUCUAUUAAAGAAAAUCUUUUUAUUAAAGAAAAUAUAAAUACUGAACUAGAUAAUAAAAAAAAACUUAAAUCUAUUGUUCAUAAUCAUUUUACUUUAAAUCAAGAAGCUAAAAAAUAUAAAUUAACUGCUUAUUGGAUUUCAAAUAAUUGGCAACUUCAACAUUGUACUCUUGAGUUUAGUUAUUUUGAAGGCUCUCAUUUAAACAAAAAUUUAGCUGAAGAAUUUUUUAAAAUACUAAAAGAAAAUAAUCUUUUAACAAAAAUUUUAGAUAUUACUACAGAUAAUGCUAAAAAUAUGAAUUCAAUAUUUAAUAAUUUAGAAGAAAAUUUUAAUAAUGAAGAUUUAGAAUUUGAUUCUAAAAAUCAAUAUAUAUAUUGUCUUACUCAUAUUAUAAAUCUAUCUGUUCAAGAAAUUUUAAAAUCUCUUUAUAAUAAUAAUAAUAAUAAUGAAAGUAAUAAUUCAGAUGAAGAUAAUAAUAAUGAAAUAACAAAUAUUAAUAAUUUAGGAGCACUUGGAAAAGUAUAA